AUGGCAACAGGAGAUACCAACGAUGACAACAACAACAACGGCGGAUUCACCUUUGGUUCAGAGCCCUUUGCUUGGGCUCUCAUCCCCUUAUUCGUCGUUCUAGUCCUCGGUUUGGCCGCGACCGUCAUCCAAGUCAGACGUCGUCGUCGCCGCCGUGGAAACCAAUGGCCUGGCUCAGGCCCUCAAGCACCAGCAUCGGGAGGACUUCGUGGUGGCAGAACAUCAAAUCGACGAACGCCAUGGCAUGGUACCAGGUCCCAAGAAGGACUGAAUGAACUGGGACAGGCACCACCACCGUAUGAUGGCAAGAAGGAAACGCAGGAUCCAUUGGAAUUGAGAGACCUUGAAGCUGGUAAUAGUCCGCCUGGGUAUCCUGAUGAGCCACCCCCGGCUCUUGUGUCGGAUGGUCGGCGGUCUUGA